AAUAAAUAAAAUUAAAAUUAAAUCGAACACAGACCUAGUUAUCAACUCGACUAAACUUAAGUGAACAACUUAAGAUAACAAUAAUAGUGUUAUCGUAGAGAUGUAGACGUUAUAGAUUGAUAAUGUUUAAUCUUUAUUAUUCAUAGGCAUUAUUAAAUAUAUUGUGUGAUAACGCCUUACUAGACUUCUAGGGAAGGGAAAAUAUUUUUAUGAAUGUACGGUAUAUUAUUUAUUGAAUACAAUACUUUGAUAGUUGUUGUACGAUAUAUCGAAGAAAUGAGGUUGGCAACUCUGCGAUGGCAUCAAUAUUUGUUCAUGUAACACUGCAGAAAUUUAUAAUAACAAUCAAAUUUUCGUCUAUGAAAACGUCUUCACAAGUGCUAUCUUUAUUGGCGGUUGCUGUAAAAAACGCGUGUAUGUGCAAGGAUCCAGCUAUGGAUGAGAAUCCACCUGUAAAGAAUGGUGAUCCCAUGGAACUUUCUUCCGAUGACUUACUUGGUGUGAUGAAAAAUAUUUCAAUGGUAAAAAAUGGCUUAAUGUCUUAUGAAAAUGAUACGAUACAAAUCGAAAUGGGUAAUAGCGAUGCAGAUGCAAUGUUUACAAUUGGGGAUAACGAUUUAAGUUCUUUUGAAAAAGAUCUAUUAGAUAAUGUAAUUGGAAUGGCUGAAGAAGAAGUUGUUACUCAAUAUGAUGAAACACCUACUGUAAAAGAGAAUUUCAACAAACUUGUAAACAAAGGUAAAAUGUUGAGUGAGCGACUUCAAAAAAUAAUAUCAAAGUUACAAAAUAUACAACUUAAAACAAUGAGCAAGUGUUCCACUCAAGAAAUCUAUAAUGUAUUACAAUCGCAUAAAAGUAACGCUAUUAAAAAUAUCAAAUCAACAUUGCUCAAAGUUCAAAAAAGGCAAUCCAAUCCAUUUUUGAAAAGUUUACUCUGUGAUGAAAUUAAAGAUGGUGAAAAAGUUUUUGGAAUGUUAGAGUCACAAAUUAAAACAGUAAAUGAAGAAUACGACUCAGAAGCAACAGCUAGUGAUUCAGAAAGUGAUACGUUAGGAGAAACCAGCGAAGAAGAAUUACAAUCAUCUAAUUGUCCUAUAGAAAAAAGCAAUUCUUGGAAGUGGCUUCAUGAAAGGGCAAGUAUUGCAUACCGAUUAACUUGGCUAGUUAAUGUUAUGUCUGAUAUAGAGUUCAAAAUUAAUUUUUAUAAUGAAGCAUUAAAUCGAUAUUCUUCUCAUCCUUAUAUACAAGACCAGGAAGAAGAAUCUGGUAGAAGAUGUUUUCCAUAUGAACCAAAAACUCGGCAUAGAAUGUUAAUGCAACCUCCACUCAUAAACUUGGCUGCAGCAUUAAGAAAAGGAGACAAAGCCAAAUUAAAUCGUAUUAAUCCCUGUGAUUGCUAUGGGAUUGAUUCUUGUCCUACUUGUGUAAGUCUUCAACGCCAUUCAAAUGAUUCUGGUCAUUUUUUGAGUGAUACUUUUCACCCAGUUCUAUCAUAUUCCAAAGACAUUUCUUUAAAUGUUGCAUUAUCUAAUGAGUUAGGAAAAUCGUCUUUUCAUCUAAAACAAAAAAAUAAGUCUUCAUCUAGUACAGAUUUUAAUAAAUAUUUUGUGGACCGGACUCCUGAACAAAGUCCUACUACUAGGCAAGUUCCACCUGUUAAAUUACAAAAUGCUUGGCCUACCCGCAAUGAUCCAAUUACCAAAUUCAAUCGAAAUCAAAGGCAAGCAAGAAAAAGAAGAAGAAUACGUUAUAGCAAACAUAAAAGAAGUAGAAUGGAUGAAGAUUAUAAAUAUAACAGUCGAAGAAGUAGUGAAAGUAUUUGUGAUGAUGAUGAUCUUGAUGAUGCAUAUGAUGAAGACAAUUAUGACUCUGAUCCUGAUUAUAGUCCUUGGUUCCCAAGAACAGGAGAUAAAACUUACAAUGCUAAGCGUGAGUAUGAUAUUGACAAUAUUGUAAUACCAUAUAGUAUUGCUGCUGCAUCAAGGGUUGAAAUGGUCAAGUAUAAAGAAAUAGUUACCCCCAAAUGGCGUAUUGUUAAAGAAUUAGACGUAGAUCCUGUUGAAUUUGCUGCAACAGUUCCAGAACCAGAAGUUGUUGAAGAUCUUGAUGAUGGUAAACGUAGUGCUCAUCAUGAAGCGUGUGAAAUGGAAGAACGAAUGAGAUUUAGGACUACAAAGAAACAAACAGAGCGCACGCAUAAGAAUAGUGGCCAUUGUAGUAGUGGUGAAAAUACAUCCGAAGCAAUGUCACCACUAUUUGAAAGUCGGUCCCCAAUGCCUACUGUUGAAGAAGAACCAGAUGCAGGACCUAGUACUCAAGAUUGGAACCAAUAAAAUAUUUUUAUUAUUGAUAAAUAUUGUAUAUUAUAAACUGUAAAAACUAGAUAUUAUAAUUUAGGUUA